UAUUUGUGUUUGUAAUCUUAAUAAUUUGGUGAUUCCAAUCCAUAAUGAACAUUUUAAAUGUCAAUGAUUGGAUACCAUGUAAUUGUUUAAGUCCGAGCUCGGAUUGAGGAAGAAGGAACAUGAUAACAACGUAACCUUCCCGAAAAAAGAAGGAAACGUAGUGAAAAGCCCUUCAAAACUAAAGGAAGGAAAAAGAGAAGAUUGAAGCAGAAGAGAGCACGUGAAGAGGAAAAGACAUAUAUAUAUAUAUUCCUCGAAGUCCCCACUAAUUUCUAUGUCGGAGCUCUGCUGACGAGAAUAAGUUUGAAUUUGUCUCUACAUGUCGUCAUCGGCACACUCGACAGGAUUGUUCCGACAAAGCCCGAAGAAGAAGACAAAUUCUGGAGCUCUUAUCUGCCUCUACGACCCUCAAGAAGCCUCGGAUAAGCAAUAAUCAUCUUGGCCUUCCGGGAUUUCCUUCAUUGGUUGUUGAGGACUGCCCAAUGCCAAACGUAAGCAAGUCAGGCUAAGUAUGGACGGCAAGGAGGAGAUAAGAAGUGAUGAACUGCCAUUCACCUUUGAAAAGAUGUAUGGAUUCUCCACAGUUGAUGGCUUUGUGGAGAUAGUCGAAAGCUCAGCCGAGAUGAUCAAGUAUAUCGCAAAUGAACCGUCAACUGGGCUUUUCUACAUUCAACAGCAUACAAAAAAUGGCGUUCCCAACGUUCUCAAUAUGAAGAAUAGUGUGGCAAACACGUCUCGUGAAUCGACUUUGCACACUGAAGAUUCGGAGGAUUCGAUCACGAUGUUGAGGUCGAUGAAAGAAUGUGGAUUUCCCAUUGCUGAUGAGAUGAGUAGAGACAUCAAAAAGUCUCUUGCUGUUAUGUCAACCAAACAGCCAAGAAGAGGCUUGAUCCGUAGUACUUAUGGUAUGCAGCCACCAGGGAGAGUAAGCACUUGGAGGUCAGCCACUUGGGGGCGAAGUGCAGCCAUUGCCCCGCGCGAUGACGACGGUGGUGCCUAUAUUUCAACAGUAUUCAAGCCAGCUAGAGAAAUGACGAGCAACUUUAAGUGGCCACAGCUCGACAUCGUGGAAGAUCUUGCACGAGUCGAAGUUCACAAGGCACAGCCACAACCUAACCAACCAUCAGUUCUAUCAGCUAGUUCUAGUUCGUCACAGCCAGAUAUGGAUAGCGACGAGCUGCCUCUGUCUUGUCAAGUGAACGAUGUGUUGCAAUGCGACGAUCGGGUUGAUGUCGGCUUGGACACUGAUUUACUUUCGGUGUCUUUUGACGAUUUCAGGGCUGAUAAAGAAGCAAAAUUGAAAGAUUGGUUGGAAGGGUCUGGCAAUAUAAGAAUUUGAGCGCAGGGAAAGGGCAUUAAGAUUGAUAUUGAAGAGUGUUAAUGCAUUCCAUGAUGCGUUAUUUAACUGUAAAAAUGAUCACAUAAACACCACUCAAAAUACACUUUAAUUCCAUCAUUGAAGAGUUGUAUUUCUAUAGCUUUGUAAUGUGAUUGUAUUGGAUUAAGGAUCUGAGUUGAAUUGUACAUAGAAAGUAUAAAGCA